AUGAUUACAUAUAGACUUGGCGACCAGCUGAUAUCCUUGGAGCUGCCCGAUAGCACGAAAAAGGAGAUUGACUUUACCGAUAGCUCAUUCUUCAAGACCCCAAAUCGCCACCUCCCAACACCCGACCAGGUGAGAGCGAUAUCCCCAGAUGUUCGGAACCGUUAUAAAAUAACGCCCGUCAGAUUUGAGAAUCUUAACCUGAUUGUCAAAUUUAGCGUUGAUGUGACAACUGUUUUUCAGAACGAUGUUCCAGUGCCUGAGGUCUUUGGCUGGCGGGUUGAUGAUGAAGGCUUUGUGUUCAUUUAUAUGGAGCUGAUCAAAGGACCAACACUUGAGGAGUGCCGGGUGUGUUUGGACACUACACAGAAGAAGGCCAUCACUGAUCAGCUGUCAAGGAUCAUGGGGAAUCUGCGACGACUUAAGCAAGACCCUUCCGAUCCGUUCAUCGGAUCAAUCAAUCGGCAGCAUCUUCUAGGCCGCACUUUCGAAAAUCAACCGAAAACUGGCCCGAUCCCCAGUGUCAAAGAGUUCAACGACUGGUUUGCUUUGUUACCCUCGAUACGCUUCUGCCAGAGAGGUGAUGAUCCUUAUCGAUGCUUUCUUCCAGACACUGGCGAGAUCAAAUUCACCCAUGCGGAUCUGCACAAGGGGAAUAUGAUCGUAUCCUCCUUCGACCCAGUUCAGAUUGUCAUUGUGGACUGGGCGCAAUCGGGAUGGUAUCCGGAUUACUGGGAAUACUGCAGAGCUUGCUGGGCCUGCAUGAAGGGGGACGAAUGGCAUGAGGACUUUGUCGCCGAAUUCCUGGAGCCUCGAAAGGAUCUUUGUGAAGUUGUUGCUUAUUAUUGCUACGCAAUAGGCUCGUAUUUUUAA